AUGGCUGAAACAUGGGAUGAAUUGGAACCUAUAUAUGUAAAGGGGAUUCAAAAUUCAUUGCUUUCAGUUAGAAUACCUAUUAUCACUUCCAUCCAACAACUCUUGUCCUCAAUUCCAGAAGAAGAAAUAAACAAGAUUGCAAUUACAUUAUUGAAGACAUAUAAUUACUAUCAUGAUACAAAAUCUAGAAACGAAGCUUUAAAUGCAUUGAAAACUAUUGGCAAACACAAUUCCAAAUAUUUACUGGUAUUUGUCAAAUAUAUCAAUCAAGAAGUAGAUGGUCCAACUUUACCAGUUACGGAUUAUAUGACUCUUUUGCAAUGGAUCAACGCUUUUGUCAUUGAAUUGGCCACCAUUGAUAAGUUAGAUGAUUCUGUUGCUAUUGCUCAAGGAAAAUUAUUGUCCAAGUGUAUUAGUUUUGAAGGUAAACGAAGGAGAGUUCAUAAAUCUGCCAUCCAAACCACUAAAACUGCAAUCUCCGACACUUUAUUUGUUGAUAGCAAGUAUUUGCAAAUCGUUAUAAGGAACAAGUCAUUUGCAUUAUUAGGUGUAUUGGAUUCAGCAUUGGAAAAACAUCCUGGAUUAUUUGAAGUUUAUAAAUCUGAACAUACAGACGAGAUCUUGGAAUUUUUCAUCAACCAAGGGUUAUUAAACAAAACUGCCCCAGAUUCUCACGAUUUGGCAUUAUUUGGCAAUUGUAUUAAAAGUUUGGUUACCGAUUUCUCCAAAUUGUUGCCUCAUAUCGAGAAAGCUAUAAUGAGAUCUUCAGAAAAUGCUUUUGUAUAUACCCUUCCUGUUGUAUUCGAAAACUUGUCAAUUGAUGUUGAAAUCACCACCAAAUUGUUUUCUUCCAUUGUCUCAGGUAUCAAGUCAACCAAGGAACAAGUGAGGAAUGCUGCUGCAAAUACUUUGGACUUGGCAUUGACCAAGAACAGUAAUGCCGCUUUAGUGGAUGAAGUUUUCAAAGCCAUCAAAGCCACCUCAAAUGCCGAAGCUAAGAGUUUGAUUAUUCAAUCAUUGAUUCAUUUUAAUGAUUCAGAAAAGAUAGUCGGCUUGUUGUUACCUUUAGUAUCAAAAGAUCAAAACGAGCAUUCAUUGGCCAGUUUUGUUAAAGUUUUCACUUUCCAUGCUUUGAAAGCCAAUACUCCAGAGGCUAUUAAACAAAUCAUUGCUGGAUUCAACAACGUUAAAUUACGUAGAGUCUGGUUUGUUGAAUUUGGUGAACAAGUUUUUGAUCUUGAAGAGUUCCCAUUCCCAGAAGUUUUACCGGAAUUUGAAAAAAUCUUAUCUCAGAUCGAAGAGUCACCACUUCCUUCAGUGGCCAACAAGUCAAUUGUUUGUGCAUUUGUUAUCUUGGCAUUAACCAAAAAGGAGUCUCCAUUAUUGAAUGACUCAAGAAUUUUUAGUAAACUUGAUGAAGUUGAUUUAAAAUGGUUAGUUAGAGCACUCAAAGAUGAUCCUGUUGGUUGGAUUUAUGUGUUGACCAAUGCACCACAUCAAAUAAGGUUGAUGGCGUUGAAUUCUUUGAAAUUGAAUGAUCAACUUAGCGAAGGAUUAAUUAAAGAAUCAUUAAAUGGUGAUAUCAAAAACCUUAGUCCACUCUUUUCAAAGUUGAGUUCAUACUCCGAGAAAAACUUGAAAGAACUUAUCCUUCCGGCAAGUAAAGCAUCAAUAAACUGGAUUACUUUGGCACAAAGAUCUCAAAAAGUAGACAUUGGGAAAUUAGUUGGUGAAAAUUUCCAAUCUAUCUUUGACGAAUGUGUCCAAGAUGGUUCUUCUGCUGCCAUUAAAGCUCUCGCCGAUAUUGCAUUCAUUAGACCUGACUUAAUCGAACCAAUUGUUUCCUUGAUAGAUUUAGAUGUCAGCGAACUUCAAUUUGAUGACGAAGAAGUAGCUAUUUACAAUGGUACUGAAGGUGAAUUGGUGGUAAACAUUCUUGGAUCCAAGGAAAAGGAGCUCGAUAAGAACUCCAAGGAUUAUGAAAUCAAGAAAUGGGAACAAAGCAUCAAGAAAGAGUUGAAACAACCAAAGAAAUUGACCAAAGAAGAACAAGCAUUGGUAAAUGAACAGCUCGCCAAGGAGACUGUUAUUAGAAAACAAGUUGCUGAAGUUGUUGACAAAGUUAACUUUGUCAUUGACUUGAUAACUGAAUUGACUAAUCAAGCUAAACUUGCAAACAACGGUUCUAACUUAUGGUUUCCAGUUGCAAUUAACAAAUUGCUUACAUUACCAACCACUUCUGGUUUGUUUAAUCCUGUUGAUGCUUUCCUUAACGCAUCCAUGUUAAUCUCACCAAGAUUAGGUGUAUUACAAAAGUUUAUUGGUGUUGCUACUCUUCGAUCAUACGGUUUCAAAUUAGAUGAAAGCUUAGAGCAAGAGCCUUUGAUUUCCUUGAUUGGUAGAAUCUUGUACAGAAUCAAAAUGUUGAGUGACCAACAACCUUUAGAUGCAUUGAGUUUGUCAUACAUUUUGCCUUUGUUAACCAAGGUAUUGUACGAUGGUAAAGCUGUUGCUAUUAGAAACUCCAGCAAGACUGCUGUCACUUCAGAAUUUGUUGAAGAAGAUCCAGAAGAAGAACAAUUAUUGUUGGCUGUCGAAAUCAUUUCUGCUCAUGCUGAAUCAUUUGAAGACGAAAAGAUUCCUCGUACUAGCAUUUUAGAAGUUUUGAUUUCUUUGAUGAAAUUGCCUUCCAAGGCUAAAUUGUCCAAGGAAUGCUUCUUGUCAUUAUGUCAACAUAUUGCAUACAACAUUUCUGACUUUGAUUUGCAAUUGUUAUUAAGUAGUAUUAUCACUUCCCAUGUUUUCGUCAGAUCAACAAUUUUGGAAGGUUUAGAUGCUGAAUUUGAAUUGGAAAAGUAUUCUAAAGAAUUAUUUGUUGCUACUCAUGACAAUGACGAAAAUUGUCAAGAAAUUGCUCAAACUAUUUGGGAAGAUAACGAAUUAAAGGUUCAAGAUACCACUAAUUUACUUGAAUUAUUUGGAAAUAGUGAUGCUGGUUUAAGAAACUCCAUUGCCAAAGCAUACGUUGAUGCUGCUUCUCAAAAUGGUUCUUUAAAUUUGCAAGAGUUGUUUGAUUUGUAUGAAGAAAAGAAAAACCCACCAGCACCAAAAUUGGAUAAAUUUGGUUUGGUCAUCAAGUCAACUAUUGUUAACAAAGACCGUUGGGAAGAAAGAUCUACCGUGGCUAUCACUUUGAAAUUGUUAGCACCGUUGUACACUCAAUCUGAUGUUGAACAAUUGUUUAAAUUCCUUGUUGAAACUGCAGACAAAGAUGAGCAUGUUCGUCAAGAAUUACAAGAUGCGGGAAUUGAAGCCAUCAAAUUACAUGGCGCUAACAACGUUGAAGUUUUGAUUCCAAUUUUCGAAGAAAGUUUAGCCACUUCUAGUAAAGAAGCCGUGGUUGUGUUGUAUGGUACAUUAGCUCGCGAUUUAGAUAAAUCUGACGCAAGAUUGAAGAUUAUUAUCGAAAGAUUGAUGAAGAGUUUGGAUACACCAGCUGUUCAAUAUGCUGUUUCUGAGUGUAUUGCUCCAUUAGUUCCUGCAAUGGAUAAUUUACAACAAGUGUUUGAUGAAUUAUUUGAAAAAUUAUGGACUGCUAAAAAAGUAUCCUCUCGUCGUGGUGCCGCAUAUGGUAUUUCUGGUUUAGUUAAAGGUAGUGGUAUCAAAUCAUUAAGUUCCUUUGAUAUUAUUAGAAACUUGACUGAUGCUGCUGAUGAAAAGGAUGUCAUUAAACGUGAAAGUGUUUCCAUCUGUUUUGAAACUUUGUCCAAGAGUUUGGGUAAAUAUUUUGAACCAUAUGUUUUGGAAAUUUUGCCAAUUAUUCUUAAAUCAUUGGGUGAUCCAGUUCCAGAAGUUAGAACAGCUACUGAUAACGCUGCUAAGGAAAUCAUGAAAAAUACCACUUCUUUUGGGGUUAAGAAGUUAAUUCCAUUGGCCAUUUCUAACCUUGACGAAAUUCAAUGGAGAUCCAAGAAAGGGUCAGUUGAGUUGUUGGGUUCUAUGGCUUAUUUGGAUCCGGCCCAAUUAUCCGCUUCAUUGUCUAUUAUUAUCCCACAAAUUGUCGGUGUUUUAAAUGACACACAUAAAGAAGUUCGAAAAGCCGCUUCUGCUUCUUUACAAAGAUUUGGUGAAGUUAUUAGAAAUCCAGAAAUCCAAGCCAUUGUUCCGGAUCUUAUUAAUGCAAUUGGUGAUCCUACUAAAUACACCGAUGAUGCGUUGGACAAAUUGAUCAAGACUCAAUUCGUCCAUUAUAUUGAUGGACCUUCGUUAGCAUUGAUUAUUCAUGUUAUUUACAGAGGUAUGAAAGACAGAGCCUCCACCAAGAAGAAAGCAUGUCAAAUUGUUGGUAAUAUGGCUAUUUUGGUUGAUGCCAAGGACUUGCGUGGUUACUUGAGUGAAUUAGUUAAUGAGUUAGAAAUUGCUAUGGUUGACCCAGUUCCAGCAACCAGAUCUACUGCUGCAAGAGCAUUAGGAUCCUUGGUUGAAAAAUUAGGUGAAGAUAGUUUCCCAGGCUUGAUUCCUAAAUUAUUAGACACCCUUAGAGAUGAUACUAAAGCUGGUGACAGAUUAGGUUCUGCUCAAGCAUUAGCCGAAGUUAUUUGUGGUCUUGGUAUCACCAAAUUGGAAGAAAUGUUACCAACUAUUUUAUCCUCAGCUAGUUCACCACGUACUCGUGCUGGUUUCAUGCCAUUGUUGUUAUUCUUGCCAGUUUGUUUUGGAUCACAAUUUUCACCAUAUCUUAACAAAAUUAUCCCACCAAUUCUUCAAGGUUUGGCAGAUCAAGAUGAAGAUAUUAGAGACACUGCAUUGAGAGCAGGUAGAUUGAUUGUCAAGAAUUAUGCCAAGAAAGCAGUUGAUUUGUUAUUACCAGAAUUGGAGAAUGGAUUAUCUGAUGAAAGUUAUAGAAUCAGAUUAUCAUCUGUUGAACUUACUGGUGACUUGUUAUUCCAAAUCACUGGUAUUUCUGGUAAGAAUGAACUUACCGAAGAUCAACAAUCUGUCAGCAAGACCCUUAUUAAUGUUUUGGGACAAGAACGUCGUGACCGUGUUUUGGCCUCACUUUUUGUUUGUCGUUCUGAUGUUGCUGGUAUUGUUAGAAAUGCCACUGUUGACAUUUGGAAAGCAUUGGUUGCAAAUACUCCAAAGACUGUCAAGGAAAUCUUACCAGCUCUUACCUCAAUUGUUGUCAAGAGAUUGUCGUCCAAUGACGAUGUUCAAAGAACUAUUGCUGCUCAAACCUUAGGUGAAAUGGUUCGUCGUGUUGGUGCCAAUGCAUUGAGUCAAUUGUUGCCUACUUUACAAGAAUCCGAUGACAAGCAAGGUGUUUGUAUCGCUAUCACGGAAUUGAUCAAAUCAACAUCUCAUGAUGGUUUGGUUGAAUACCAAGAUAUUUUCAUUGAUAUCAUUAAAGAUGGUCUUGUUACUUCUAGAGAAGAAGCUGCUGUUGCCUUUGACGCAUUACAAGAUGAAUUGGGUAAGGUUGUUAUUGAUGAAAUUGUUCCUGAUUUGUUGAAGAGAUUGAAGGAUCCAAAUGCAUUGUUGGCCAUGAAAGACAUCAUGCUGAAGAAAGCCGAUGUUAUUUUCCCAAUCUUGUUACCUACUUUGCUUUCUCCACCAAUUGACACUGAAGCAUUGGCUUCAUUGGCUCCAGUUGCUGGUUCUGCCUUGUACAAGAGAUUAUCAGUUAUCAUCAAUGCUUUGGUUGAUGCUGAAAGUGAUGCUAUCGAUCAAGUUAUGUUGUCUGUUGAAGAUGAUGGUGUUCAUCAAUUGAUGCAAAUCAUUAUGGGCUUAUUAAAAGAUGAAGAUCCAAAAAGAAGAAUGUUCAUUUUCUCAAGAUUGGGUGUCUUUUUCGAAAAUACUGAAAUUGACUACUCUAUGUAUCUUGAAGAUAUGGUAAGCAGAUUGAUUUUGUCAUUAGCUGAUCCAUCUCCAGAAGUUGUUAAAGGUGCAUUUGAUUCUUUGUCUGCAUUGGUUAAAAAACAACCUAAAGAAAGUCUUGAAAAAUUGGUUAAACCAGCUAAGCAAACUUUGGACCUCUGUAUCGACGUUCCAGCAUUCAAAUUACCAAAAGGGCCAAAUUGUAUUUUACCAAUUUUCUUGCAUGGUUUGAUGUAUGGUAACCAAAAGGAAGCUGCUGCAUUAGGUAUUGCUGAUAUUAUUGACAAGACCCCAGCUGAUAAUUUGAGACCAUUCUCAACUGCCAUGACUGGUCCAUUGAUCAGAGUUAUUGGUGAAAAGGUUGCAAGUGAUAUUAAAGCUGCUAUUUUGGUUGCCUUGAAUAACUUAUUAUUGAAGAUUCCACAAUUCUUGAGACCAUUUAUUCCACAAUUGCAAAGAACUUUUGUCAGAUCAUUAUCAGAUAAUAAUGAAAAAUUGAGAAAGAGAGCUGUUGUUGCUUUGGGUACUUUAAUUAAGUUCCAACCAAGAGUUGACUCUUUAGUUACUGAAUUGGUCAAUGGUAUCAAGACCACUGAAUUUAAAGAGUCUAUGUUGAAAGCUAUGUUAGUUGUUGUUGAACAAGCAGGUAAGAGUUUGAGUGAAGCUUCCAAGCAAUCCAUUUUAGCCGUUGCAGAACAAGAAAUGGAUCCAAUUUUGAUUGGUUCAUUAGCAGGAAGUUUAUCUGAUGAAGAAGCAAGCAAUAUUUUGAAGAGUAUUUUAAGUGAUGAAGAAUCUAAAUUCUCGAUUCUUGCAAUCAACUCAUUCUUGAAAUACAGUCCAGAACACGUCAAGAAUGACCAAGUUGUUGAAUAUCUUAAAAAUUGUGCCAAUUCCAGUAAUGCUUACAUGAGUGACAAUGCAACUAUUGCCAUUGGUAAGAUGUUAUUGUUAAGUGAAGGUGAAAAUACUGAUGUAAAUACUGCUGAAUUGAUUGAACAACUUGCAAUUAAUAUUGUUCAACCAAAAUCUUCAUCACCUGAUACGAGAAGAUUGUCAUUGGUUGUGGUUAGAACUUUUGCUAGAAAACACCAAGAACAAUUAACUAAUGAAGUAUUUGAUGUGAUUGUUCCAAGUAUUUUCAGUAGUAUCAGAGAUCCAAUCAUUCCAAUCAAAUUAGCUGCUGAAAAGGCUUUCCUUGAAGUGUUUAAUAUGGUUGAAAAGGGUAAUGAAGUAUUUGAUUCUUGGUUUAAAGGAGAAAAUUUGAUUACUGUUACUGGCACAACUAUUGUUGCUAGAUCAAUUGGUGAUUAUACCAAGAGAGUUGCUACUAGAUUAGCUAAUGUUGAAAGAGAAAGAAUUGAAGCAGGUGGUGAUGAAGAAACUUUGUUUAGUGAUAGAAUUGAAGAUGAAAAUGAAAUUUGGCAAGUUGGUAUAUAA